UCGGCUGCUCUUGUGAUCGCACAGAGCCGCAUUCACGAAAAAGUUUACGCACUUUUAUCCACGUAGCGGAGAUCUAAAACCGAGGACGCUACUCCACAAAUCACACUCGGGGCCCGAUGGAGUCGCUGCAAUCAGCUGUGCAUCAUAUCUUGUUAUGAUAAACAAGUAAUGAACGGCAAAAACACAUAAUUAAACAAUGGAAGGAAUGCUGUAUAAAUGGACCAAUUACAUAAGCGGUUGGCAGCCUCGUUGGUUUGUGCUUGAUGGAGGAACUUUGUCUUACUAUGACUCUCAAGAAGAUGCCUGGAAAGGCUGCAAGGGCAGCAUUAAAAUUUCAGUUUGUGAAAUCCAAGUUCAUUCCUCUGACUCUACACGAGUUGACCUGACCAUACCAGGGGAGCAGUACUUUUACCUCAGAGCCAUCAAUGCUGCUGAGAGGCAGAAAUGGCUGGUGGCACUGGGAACAGCCAAAGCUUGCCUUACAGACAACCGGACAAAGAGAGAAAAGGAGCUCCAGGAGAACACAGAGGCGCUGAAAACGAAGAUGUCAGAGCUCAGAUUGUACUGUGACCUUCUUCUGCAACAAGUAAACAAGAUCAAGGAGAAUGAUGAGCUAGGGGACACAGUGGAGACGGGCAUAGACACUGGAAACAUGGUGAAGUCUACAUGCACAACGUUCCUUAAGACCCUAGAGGAAUGCAUGCAGAUAGCAAAUCGUACUUUCAGUACGGAUAUGGCAACACAGAGUCCACCAGGGUCUCCUCCAGUAGCAGCCAUCAAACCUCAGAAGAUUAAGCCUGUCAAUCAUUUAAAUCAGAACCUUGGAGAAAAAUGGAGAGAUUUGGGAGAAACCUCAGGAGAAUCAAUUGCACAUGAGAACCAGAGCCUCGACUCUGGAGCGGAGGGACCAGAUGAGCCAGAUAGACCAGAAAACCAUUCUUCCCCAUCAGACAUUGAUGAAGCCAAUGGCAACAGCUUGGUCCACGAGGAGCCAGCUGAUCCUACCUUACACACUACCCAGAAUACCUCUGAGACCGAACACUACGAGUCACCAGCAGAGGAGGACGAGGAUAGUGAAGUUGGUGAGACGGAACAAGAACAGAAGCACAACCUGGACCAAACUCAAGAAGAACAUGACAACAACAACAAGGAAGUUAACGCUGCUGUCGAGCCUCAGCACCAACAGGAAGCAGUUCCAGACCAAGAGGAGGCUCAACAUGAGGGCGAGACUCUCAGAGAUUCAACCGAGUCAGAAGACACAGAGCAGGUGGAAACUUUCUUCAGCACAAUGAGUCACAGAUUUAGUGAUAUAAGACUGGACGACGACAAUGGUAUCCCUACUCAAGAGUUUUUGGACUCAUGCUAUGCAAUAGUGCCUGUAUUAGACAAGCUGGGCUCCACAGUGUUUGCACCAGUUAAAAUGGAUUUUGUUGGAAAUAUCAAGAAAAUUAACCAGAAGCUGAUGUCCGACCCCGACAACUUCCCAACACUUCAAUCCAUCGUGCUGCAUGAAGUCCACACAGAUGUUGCCCAGGUGCGCAACUCUGCCACAGAGGCUCUGCUGUGGCUCAGACGAGGCCUCAAGUUCCUCAAGGAGUUCCUGUCGGAGGUGAAUGCAGGAAACCAAGACAUCCAGGGAGCGCUAAAUAAUGCCUAUGGAAAGACCCUUCGGCAGUACCAUGGAUGGGUUGUGCGAGGUGUAUUUGCUCUGGCGCUGAGAGCCGCCCCAUCUUAUCAAAGUUUCAGUGCUGCCUUGGUGUCAACAGAGGGUGAAGAAAAGAAGAGCGGCUUCACCAGGGGCAUGCACAGGGACCUGGGAGUGUACCUGCCUGCCAUGGAGAGGCAGCUGGGAAUCCUAGAUGUUCUGUAUGAAGAAUACAACCUGGAGUCUGAUGAAGUGGUGUGAAAACAUGAACAGAGGAAUGAUCCGACUUCAAGGAAAGACAGAACCUGGCUGCAGGGUAGUGGCUGACUGCUGAAGGAAGGCGCCUGAUGCAUCAAGAGCAUCUCGUGUACAAAAUGGUGUGAGCAUGUCCCGUAUCAGUGUGAGGUGUUUCCAGUGGCUGUUAAACUCUACGACAGUGGAGGAUCCAGGUUUGAAGAAGGUAUUAAUGUCUGUAUUUAGGAGCCCACGAAGGGAAAAGCACGAAUUAAAAAUGAAGACAUUAUGGUUUGACAUAAAGUGUAGUUUCUGGGUCUUGUUUAAAAGACCACUGACAGUGUAGGGGUUUUCAGCCCACUUAUGCAGACUCAGACCAUAAUGAUUCAUGGUGACUUUUGUUUCUGGUGUACAUUUUGUCGCUAUAUUGUGGCUUUUUAUGUACUAUACAUGUUUGAAGGUACAUAACCACAUAGUGUUUGGCUCUAGUAAAUUCUCUGGAAAACCAUUUGUGAUUGAACUGAUCAGAAUGCAAAGAAAAGUUUUACCAACAUUGUCCCAUUUCUUCCGAUUCAUGACACAGGGUGUUACUUGUGACUAACACAAUGUACUAUUUAACUACGAACAAUGUCCGAUUGUUGCUAUGCCCAAUAUAUGCCUUAAGUAUGUGAUGGAACUGCAUACUUGGCUGACUUUUAGUGGAUUAGGUAAACAUGUUUGCUUGCACUGACUGUUGACGUUAAGAGGAAAUUAUGAUCAAUAUAGAUUUUUUUUUUCCCCGUUCCCUGCUGUUUGACAAUAUAUUGGUUUUGUUUUACAUCACUAACACGUUAGGAGCUAUUGCUCUAGAGACUCUCCGCGGGACCAAAAAAGAAAAGACUGUCAUGUGAAUGGCUUUAAGCCUCUGCUGCCUCCAACACACAAGAAUUAAAUAAUACAGUGAAGCUGUUGAAGAACUGACAACUGCUGAAUAUUUAUGUGGACAUCCUCUGCACAAGCCUAUGCAUAGUAUGCAUUGUCACAAUGUCUAUUUAUGUGUUAAGUUAUGAAAUUCACAUUCAUGUCAUGGGGACUGUGUCAGUCCUACUCUUUGUGUGAAUGUAUGGACAUUUGUAUCCCAGAGCAUGUUUACUGAUAGCAUGGUUUUAUGUAUUAGGUAACAUAGGUGCCAAUGGAAACUCUAAAUAUAGGCAAAGGCCUAGAAUUAACCAAGUUAAUAAGUAAUCCUGAAGGGGAUAGGUUUAAGUUAAAUACAUUGCUUCUUCGUCUCUGUGCUGGAUGAACAUAAACAUCCAGCAAGUCUCCUCUCCAGAUUCUUCGCCAUCUGGUCCAUGCACUGUGCUAAAUAUACAGCACUGAAGUGUUGUUACCAGCUGUACUCAAUAUUCUAUGAUGUCCAUUCAACAAUGAUACAGUCAGCUGUAUGACUCCACCUCCCGGCCACGUUUACGUUUGUCCCUAGAUUCACUUACACAUGCGGACAAAGCAGGGACAUCCUUGUUGGCCUUUUUUAAACACCAUGUAGUAUUUGUAACUUUAUUCUAACUUUUCCUUUUUUAGUUUUCAGGAAUGCGCACAGUAAUAUUUCUUCGAUUAAGUCAUUUGCAGCAGGUUUACAUAACAGGUGUGCAACAGGCUGAUUUCCUGUCGCGGAUAAAUUCCAAUGUUAAUCCUGAUAUUAUGCUAUUGUAAUAUUACAAACAUUUGAUUUGUUUUUUUCUAUGAUUGUAUAUAAGAUGCUAUUGGAUUUUUACAUAAUAAAUAAUGAAGUCGUCUCA